AUGUUUAUUGUAACGCUUUGCGUCUGUAACGACGAGGACUUGUGCGAUGAAGAGCCUCCGGUCACGGCCCCGCCAGAAGAUGAAGAGCCUCCGGUCACGGUCCCGCCAGAAGAGGAGAAACCAACGGAUAAUCCAGGUGAGUAGCUGGUAAUGCUUCCCGGUGCGCGCCGACAAAUAGUACGGGCUUUACAGUGUUAUAAUCUUCGGGAAAUUGCCGGAAAUUCUUAGUUUUGUAGCCCAUAAAUAGAAUGAUUCCAACGUCAGUGGAAAAAACGUUUAUCAUCGUUUGAAACAUUGUACAAAAGUUGUAAUUAAAAUGUUUUUCUAUGCACAUAAUUGCAAGGAACGGUUGGGCACGGAGCUCGUAGCCUUUGGCUUGCUAACCGCAUGAUAACCGGGCUAUUUUAAUAACAUUCUUUUCACGUCACAGAGGACAUUUGUAAAGACCAGCACAUAAGAUGCAAGGACCACCAGCAUGUUUGCGGCAUCGAUGUAAGUUAAUUGGCAAUUUUUGUAGCUUUUUUCUCCCUGCAGACCUCUAUUUUCGGCGCGCUCAAAGUAUUUUCGUCCCGCCUUUUUCGACGCACAUUUAGCGUGAGCAUAUUGUCAAGAUAAUUAAGUUGUUUUUCGGCCUAAACAGCACGCUCGCUUUGUAUUGCGCUCACGACAGGUAACAAUUACAGCCUGUGUAGAUGGGUUACGGUCGCAUAGUAUUUGUUAAACUAAUGUUGUUAGAGUUUGGGAGCAUCUAAAUACAAAACGCAAUCUAUUCUAACAAUUUUUUUCAAGCUGUGUCUACAUAGCAUGAGGAUUUUUCAAUUUUAAGAUUACGCUUUGCAUAGCUUGACGUCGGAACAUCAACACACGCCAGAAAUCGUUGGCAACGGGCCCGGGCGUGCUUACAAAAACUCACGUAUUGAUUUCUGAAAUUUUUAGCUCGCGCUUUGCAUGCGCCAUGAUACUGAAUACUCUUUGCUGCCGAGAGAAUACGCAAAACACGGAGAGCGCUCAGAAAAAACAUCUUUUGGCCAUAGCUUUGUUAGCUUCGCUCGAAAAAAGGUUAUUUUUAGUGGAAACUUGACCCUCUACCGUAUAAACAGGCAUCAAUUUUUUUGUUCAGAAAUUCGCUAAAAAGAGAAACACAAAUAUGUAACAUCAUCACAACUUUCGGCCUAAAAAUUUUGGUUUUCUGCGAAGCGCGAGGUGUUCCGAAUAUGUCCUAGAAAAAAAUUGUUCUAAAUUUGUGCCAAGUUCACCAAAAUUUGAGUGUUGCAAAGGGAAGUACUCCAAGUGCGACGCUCAGAUUUUGAUGAAACUUGGCACAAAUUUAGAACAAUUUUUUCUAUCGAAAGUCGGCGAAAAUUUAGGAAUUUUUGCCGAAUUUCGGCACGAAAAAAUUCACGCCUAUUUCUACCGUAAAGGAUAAUGUUUCUACAAAAAAUCAAAUUUUUCCGCACGGAACUGCCAAAGUUAUGGCCAAAAAGCGUUUUUUCUCUCUGACCGCUCUCCACGUUUAGCGUGCUCUCUCGGCGGCAAAAAUCGUUCGAUAUCUCGGCGGCGCCCGCAAAGCGCGAGCUAAAACUUUCAGGAUAUAUUUAGUCCAUACCCGACGUGCGUGCAAAAUUUAAAGAAAAUCUGAGCGUCGCACUUGGAGUACUUCCCCUGUUAGAAUAUUUCCCUUGUUACACAAUUUUUUAUGCCAAUUUGACAUCUUGUCUGCCGUCUUCUUCUAGGUUGUCUUUACAAUUUUAUUUUACUUCCAGACCUAUCGAAUAAUGAUGGUCCGAACCUGCGCCACCACCUGUAAUUUCUGUCAAGAAGCGCAAGCGAUGAAGGCCAAUUGCCGCGACACAUUCCCGCGCUGUAAGCCGAGGGCGGACAUUUGCUACCAUUUGGUAAGUUCAACCGAAACAUGUUUACUUACUCGUCAUGGAAAUUCGAAACCCUGUAGCUUCAGACAUACGUGCGAAUGAUGUCUACGGCCUGUGCGCUCACCUGUGGUUAUUGUUGA